UCUGGGGCACUGUAAAGUCCAUGGAUAAUAAGAGCACCUCCUCCCAGCUGCCCACUGCUCUGAGGCUAGGAAACACUGUCACCACCGAUAAAUCUACUAUAAUUGAGAAUUUCAAUAAGCAUUUCUCUACGGCUGGCCAUGCUUUCCAUAUGGCUACCCAUACCCCGGUCAACUGCCCGGCAACCCACCAUUUCUCCUUUACCCAAAUCCAGAUAGCUGAUGUUCUGAAAGAGCUGCAAAAUCUGGGCCCCUACAAAUCAGCCGGGCUAGACAAUCUGGACCCUCUCUUUCUAAAAUGAUCUGCCAAAAUGGUUGCAACCCCUAUUACAAGCCUGUUCAACCUCUCUUUCGUAUCGUCUGAGAUUCCCAAAGAUUGGAAGGCUGAGCGGUCAUCCCCCUCUUCAAAGGGGGUGACACUCUAGACCCAAACUGCUACAGACCUAUAUCUAUCCUACCCUGACUUUCUAAGGUCUUCGAAAGCCAAGUUAACAAACAGAUUACUGACCAUUUAGAAUCCCACCAUACCUUCUCCGCUAUGAAAUCUGGUUUCAGAGCUGGUCAUGGGUGCACCUCAGCCACGCUCAAGGUUCUAAACGACAUCAUAACCGCCAUCGAUAAGAGACAUUACUGUGCAGCCGUAUUCAUCAACCUGGCCAAGGCUUUCGACUCUGUCAAUCACAACAUUAUUGGCAGACUCGACAGCCUUGGUUUCUCAAAUGAUUGCCUCGCCUGGUUUACCAACUACUUCUCUGAUAGAGUUCAGUGUGUCAAAUCGGAGGGCCUGUUGUCCGGACCUUUGACAGUCUCUAUGGGUGUGCCAAAGGGUUCAAUUCUCGGGCCGACUCUCUUUUCUGUAUACAUCAAUGAUGUUUCUCUUGCUGCUGGUGAUUCUCUGAUCCACCUCUACGCAGACGACACCAUUCUGUAUACUUCUGGCCCCUCCUUGGAUACUGUGUUAACUAACCUCCAGAUGAGCUUCAAUGCCAUAAAACUCUCCUUCCAUGGCCUCCAACUGCUCUUAAAUGCAAGUAAAACUAAAUGCAUGCUAUUCAAUCGAUCACUGCCCGCACCUGCUCGCCCGUUCAGCAUCACUACUCUAGACGGCUGUCACUUAGAAUACGUGGACAACUACAAAUACCUGGGUGUCUGGUUAGACUGUAAACUCUCCUUCCAGACUCACAUUAAGCAUCUCCAAUCCAAAAUUAAAUCUAGAAUCGGCUUCCUAUAUCGCAAAAAGCAUCCUUCACUCAUGUUGCCAAACAUACCCUCGUAAAACUGACCAUCCUACCGAUCCUCGACUUCGGUGAUGUCAUCUAUAAAAUAGCCUCCGACACUCUACUCAACAAACUGGAUGCAGUCUAUCACAGUGCCAUCCGUUUGGUCACCAAAGCCCCAUACACUACCCACCAUUGCGACCUGUACGCUCUCGUUGGUUGGCCCUCGCUUCAUACUCGUCGCCAAACCCACUGGCUACAGGUUAUCUACAAGUCUCUGCUAAGUAAAGCCCCGCCUUAUCUCAGCUGUCACCAUAGCAGCACCCACUCGUAGCGCGCGCUCCAGCAGGUAUAUUUCACUGGUCACCCCCAAAGCCAAUUCCUCCUUUGGUCGUCUUUCCUUCCAGUUCUCUGCUGCCCAUGACUGGAACGAAUGGCAAAAAUCUCUGAAGCUGGAGACACAUCUCCCUCACUAGCUUUAAGCACCAGCUGUUAGAGCAGCUUACAGAUCACUGCACCUGUACAUAGCCCAUCUGUAAACAGCCCAUCUAUCUACCUACCUCAUCCCCAUACUGGUAUUUAUUUUGCUCAUUUGCACCCCAGUAUCUCUACCUGCACAUUCAUCUUCUGCCGAUCUACCAUUCCAGUGUUUAAUUGCUAUUUUGUAAUUACUUUGCCACCAUGGCCUAUUUAUUUCCUUAACUUACCUAAUUUGCAUUCACUGUAUAUAGACUUUUUGUUUUCUUUUGUUCUGCUGUAUUAUUGACUAUGUUUUGUUUAUUCCAUGUGUAACUCUGUGUUGUUGAAUGUGUCGAAUUGCUACGCUUUAUCUUGGCCAGGUCGCAGUUGCAAAUGGGAACUUGUUCUCAACUAGCCUACCUGGUUAAAUAAAGGUGAAAUAAAUAAAGGAGCCUUCCUCAGCGAUGAUGGCGCUUACACAUACUUCUACAAGGGCUCCAAGUACUGGAGGUUUGAUAACCAGAAGAUGAAGGAUGACCCAGACUACCCCAGAUCCAUCCUUAAAGACUUUAUGGGCUGUGAUGGAGCCCCAGGCGUGGACCCAGAUACAGAUGACACAGUUACAGGCCGCAAGUGGCCAACAGUGGACCGGCCAAAACCACAACCACCAGUUGGCUCAGUCCCGGAUGAGGUGGACAGAGAGACCAAUUAGGAUUACACCAACGAUGUGGAUUAUGAACCUGAUGCGAAGGACAAAGGGGUGGAUGUGGUGGUGAGGAUGGCUGAGAACGAGGCCAAGGUUAUGACCCUGAUCAUAGUGACCGUGCCCCUGGUCCUGGUGCUGUUCAUCCUACUAUUGAUCUAUGCUAUUAUCAACACCCUGCAGAAGAAAGAGGCGCGCAGACUUUUGGUAAACUGCAAAUGAUCCCUGCAGGAGUGGGUUUGAUCUGCUCCAGAAAUGGAUUCACACACACGCAAACACAUACACAAACCAUACAUAGGCACAUUCCAUUUGAACACAUAUAUACACACAAGCAUUACAUAAAAUACAAGCACACAGUUUCCCUAUCUUUCCUUCAUGGUGCUUUAACCGAUCUUGAUUUAAGCCUGUUUAUAACAGAUAAUAUGCACUUUUAACGUCCCGUGUUUAGAUUUUUGUUAGUUGCGGUUGUAGUUUAGCUACAGAUUUCCGUGACUGUCCUUAUAAAACAGAGUGGUGGUGCGUGAAUGUCUAACAGUUGUGUGUGCUGUAAACACAAGACCACCGUCUCCCACUGUGUCUUUCUUCUAGGGGGGGUAGUACCCUAGCAGUGCUAUAGCCUAUGCAGACGAGUAGGCCUAGGCCAUCUCCAUUGGAAGACCAUAAAAAAUUGAGACGUUCUGCAAUUGACUGGUGCAAUUAGGUUGCUGAUAGGCUGGGAAAGAUGGGGUGACUUCAUUUCUGUGCUUGGCCAAUGAGGUUACUCGAUGGAAGUUGGGGCGCUCCGAGGGAAAUUAAAGUGUGUGACUGGGAGUAGGCUUAUUGCUCAGAUACAAAUAAACAGGUGUUUUACAUUCAGGUAAUCACCUAGGUCUAUGGUAAUUACAGCUCCAGGACUUUCGAUCUGUUGAGUAUAUAAGGCUCCGUUUUUUUUUGUAUUCUUCAGACAGGGCUAUGUUACUAUGACCUUCCAGUAAUUCAAGUCAGUACAAAAAUAAAUAUAUAUUUUGGAAACAGAUUGCAAAUAACCAAUGGCGCUCAAAUUCAACUUGAAGGUGUGUAGAUACUGUUAUGCUUGUAUUGAAACGAAAGGACACGUUUAGAAACUACACUGUAGAAAAUUAAUUAAACCUGUUAAAUGUCAUGUAGGUUAAUUGCUGUGGAAUUUACCAGGUAUUUGUGGUCCUCGUCAUUUUCUGCUGUGACUGUGUCCUUGGUGAGAAACACAUUUGUCUGAUUUCUAUAGCUUGCGAGUAUUUACUUGAUCAUUUCAUGAGUGGCCUCCAUUGAUGUCAUGUUUUCUCUCAGGAAUAUGCACUGUCACACACUGCACUGACACAACCAAGUGUUUGCUAUCCCUCGACAAAAGCAACUGCAAAUGUGCUGUUGGCUACUAUGGAGACCUGUGUGACAAAGGUUUAAACAUUUUGGUAGACCAGAAUAACUACAAUAGUUCUAUUGGAAUUUGUUCUAAAACUGUUUUAAUUUAUUUUAGUUGCUACCAUCAAUGUCAUGUGUGGCAAAGACUACAUUACUAUCAUGGUGAAUGAGGACUUUUUCCAGUACUACAAAGUACCUAUGGAAUCUCUGCACUUGAAGAAUGAGUCUUGUCGUGCCCAAAAGGAGGUUAUGUCUAACGUCCCAUACUACAUUGUGCGGAUAUCAAAGGAUCAGUACAUUUCCUGUGGUGGUAAACCACUGGAGAAAAACAUCACUCACAUUGCAUACGCCUUAACUCUCAUGUCGGCCCCUCAAGUCUAUGGAAAUAUAAUAAGAGACCCAAUGAUAAAAAUUGAGUACACGUGUAUCUACCCAUACAUCCGCACUGUCAGUUUGCCGUACCCCAUCAUCCCCUUCUCUAGUGAGACUGUGAUGCGGAUGGGUGAGUUGGAUGCCAAGGUGGAGAUGGCCCUCUUCACAGAUCACACCUACACAGAGGCGUUCCAAAGCUCACCGCUGAUCCACCUCCGGGACAGGGUGUAUGUGGAGAUCAAGGUCGUGGAGCUGGAGGACGUCUUCCACUUGAGGGUGAAUGAAUGCUGGGCCACACAGUCCCCCAAACCCAACCAGUCAGACGGCUCCGUUCACACCCUGCUGCGCAAUGGGUGUGUGAAUGACGAAACUGUCACCUUUCUCAAUACGACAAUGGGCGCCAAUGGAGAGGCCUCAACCAUCCGGUACAGCUUUGACAUGUUCCGCUUUGUUGUGGAGCCUCAUGACCUGUACCUGCACUGCACAGUGCGCUUGUGCUCCCUGGAUGAUGACGAACCCUGCAUUCCUGAGUGCAAAUCUAUAACCAAGAGGGCUGCAGUGCGUGGAGACCCAACUCAAGGUCUACUGUCAUAUGGACCAAUCAGGAUUGACAUACCAGACCGACCCCAAUCUAAUCUGCUGCUGCUGAUGAUUCCUGUGGCUGGCAUCUGGGUCCUGGGCCUCUUCCUCCUCGCCCUAAUCACCAUCGCUAAGGCAGGAAACCGACGACUGUCACAGCUAGCAAACCGCUGAAAUCCAACUUGAAUAAAAAUAAUAAUUUCUAUGACAAUUAAAUGAGUCCCUCUCUGCAGAAAUGUUGUGCCUUUGACAUUUUAUAAACAUGACUUACCACAGAGCUCUGAGCAUUCAGCCCUGUAGUUCAAUGUGGCUGUGGGUUACAAACAAGUUCAAACAUGAGUUACUGGUUUAAAUCAUGACUGGGCUCAUCAAACACCAACUCCUAUUAUAGUGUAGUGAUUCUUAGCUGUCAGCAGAUGGCAGUAGGAGCCAACUGGGUGGUCGGUC